AUGGUUGAACAAUCUCUUAUUCGCGAUAUAACAACCUACACGACCAAUUGGAUAAUUAUUGCUAGGGUUGUUGAAAAGUCUCCACUAAAUACUCUAAAAAACAACAACAAACUUUUUUACAUUGACAUUGUAGACAAAUUAGGCGAUACUAUACGAGCAAAAUUUUGGGGGAAUGCAGCCGAUAAACACUUUCCACUUUUGGAACUUGGAAAAGUCUAUUCCUUUUCCCAAGGCCGUGUCUCGGUCUCAAAUCGCAAAUUCAAUACUAAUCCAAACAUGUAUGAAUUAACAUUCGAAGCUAACUCCCCAAUUUCGCCAAUUGAGGAUGAUGGCCUUAUCAACACAAAGAGGAGGUUUAAUUUUAUAUCCAUUAGGGACAUAAAGAACACUAGCAAAGAGCUUCCCUUCGUUUGUGAUAUCCUUUGCAUUGUUAAUACUGUAGCACAGCCACAAAUUCUUAAUAUGAAAUCGGGGGAUGAAACACAAAAAAGAUCGAUAUUUGUUGUAGACGACUCGAAUUAUCAGAUGGAAGUGUCAUUUUGGUCCGAUAAAGCAAAUCUCGAUAUAUUUAAUGAUUGCAUUGGCAAAUCAGUUGUACUAUCACAGAUUAAGAUCAAGGAUUGGCAAAAUGUAAGAUCAGGUUAUUCUUGGUCAGGAAGCUCAAUUACAUAUGCUUGUGAUGAAAAUGUCGAUAAGUCUCAACUUCACUCACUGGAAAAGUGGUAUCAUGAGGCAAUAAGUAAGAACCAUGACUUUAUUUCAAUGAAAUCAAAUGGGCAAUCACAUGUUUAUUCAAUUGAGCGAAAGGAUCUCUCAUCAAUAAGCAUGAAUAAUGAAGGCUCUUAUGAAUUCGUUGCUCAUUUAAAGCGCAUUUAUUGGAAAAAUCGGGACGGAGAGAUAACAUUAAUUUACCCUUCAUGUAACAAGUGCAAAAAGAAGGUACAUAUGGAUGAGAAUGAGAAAUUUGUUUGUCCCUCAUGCGAUUCUAUAGUUGAGCCGGAAUUUCGCUACAGAUUUACCGCUAUUUUUGCUGAUUAUUCCGGUCACCUUCCUAUACAUUUCUUCGAUAUUGGCCAAUCUCUCAUCAAUGUGCAAGCAGACAAAUUAAAAUCGCUAGACCAUGACUCUCUCAAACAAUUUUUGGACCAUGACAUCCUGUACCAGUUGUUCCGAGUCUCUGUAUAUGCCAAGGUAUCCACAUUCAACGGAGAAGUUAAAACGGUGUACCGUGCUACUAAAGUAGAACCCGUUAAUUACGAGGAGGAAAUCGCAUAUAUGACAGACGUAUUAAAAAAGAGUGUAAAUUUGUCGCAGGAAGAUCAAGGGGAUGGCAAUAAGUACCGAAAAGUUGAUAUGGAUUAA